AUGUCAGGAACAACUCCUCCGGCCAUAAUAGCGCCGUCGAUACUGAGCGCCGACUUUGCCGAACUGGGUCGCGAGUGCGCCAAAACAAUGGGCCAGGGCUGUGACUGGCUCCAUGUCGACAUUAUGGACGGCCACUUUGUCCCCAAUAUCACGUUCGGCGCGCCGGUCGUGUCCAAGAUCCGACCACACGUGGAAAGACCGCAGAAACCGGGCGGCAGAGGCACAUUUGAUUGCCACAUGAUGAUUGCAGAGCCUCACCGCUGGGUCUCCACAUUUCGCGACGCAGGCUGCGACCUCUACUGCUUCCACUACGAAGCGGCCGUCAGCUCGGUCGCAGCCACGACACCCGAAGACAAGACCACGACGCGACCCACGUCGCCCAAGGAACUGAUACGCUACAUCCACGAACUCGGCAUGCAGGCGGGCAUCGCGAUCAAACCGGAAACCAGUGUUGACGUGCUCUGGGAGAUAUUGGAAGCCGAGGACAAGCAGGACAGACCAGAUAUGGUCCUCAUCAUGACCGUGCACCCCGGCUUCGGCGGCCAAAAGUUCAUGGCCUCGGAACUCCCCAAAGUCACAGCCGUGCGGCAACGAUACCCGGACCUCAACGUCGAAGUGGACGGCGGCCUCUCCGAGUCGACGAUCGACCAGGCCGCCGACGCCGGCGCCAACGUCAUCGUGGCUGGCUCAGCCGUGUUCGGAGCAAAGGACCCCGGCCACGUUAUUCGCGUGUUGCGGGAGGCCGUGGAGAAGCGGAGGGGAGGAUCCGGCAGGUUAUAG